AUGGCCGACUCCGAGACAAGUAGAAGCGACGACCAGGAGAUGACCGGUCCCACCACUGCUGGGACCGACUCUGCCAGUAGAUGGCGCACUGGCAUACUCUACAUUCUGCUCGUCGCGGUGAUUUGGACUGCAGCAAGCGUUCUGAAACAGUUCAUCUUCCAUAAGAUGGAGUUCAAUCACCC